UCACAAACUGCACGCGCGAACAAUGUACACUGCAUUUAGGUAUUUUUGGAAUCUUGCGCAAGUUAAACCUCACUGUCACAUAAAGUGAAGCUAAAGAGACCAGUAAUGACCACAAGCGACAAUGGGUUCAGUUCUUAAAGAUGUCGUUGUCUACGUUGAUGUGUGGUCAUCAGACAAAAUGGCAAACUAUUCGAAACCGUUCGUUCAGCAACUGCAAGAAAUGGGAGCUCGGGUAUCAAAAACAUUCAAUAAACAAGUCACACAUGUAGUCUUCAACAACGGUCACCCGGCCACAUGGAGGAAAGCCAAGAAAAGUGACGUGAGGCUGGUCUCUGUUCUCUGGGUCGGCAGAUGUUACGAUGACGGUGUCCGCGUGGAUGAGGAGUUGUAUCCGGCCUUUAAUGAUGAAAGCAAUCCUAUGUUGAAGAACAAGAGACAUCGCUGCAUGCAGCCAAAAGAUUCUCCCGAGAGGACGCCUGAAAACGACAGACGCAUGAGGAAAAAAUUAGAUAAGAUGAUGAAAGACCUAGUUCCAAAACAACCUCUCAUUACAGAUGUGUCGUCGCCCAUCAUUAUUGAUGAGGAGAAUGGAAUAGUCUAUAGCCCUGCAUUGAAACGAUCAGAUUACAUGGCACAGCGUUUGAAAGACAUGAAAGAGAAACGGGAAAACCUCUCACUCACAGCUUCACAAAUGGUUGAAUCCUGCUCACCCACUGGGCUGAAGCCGUGUCUUGGGAGCACACCAACCAUCCUCAAAUUAAUGUAUGACCAGUCGGAUGAUGAUUCCAGUCCUUCUGUUGCUGAACCUGCUUACUCGCCUGAUAAAGAAGAAGGGAGAACGCAAGUUGAUGUUACUGACCAUGACCAUCCCGAAGAGCGCCACAAGCCGUGGCUCUCACCCUGCCACGAUGUGCCAAAACAGAUCUCAAGUCAUGUGGAAUGUGAAGACUUCAAGGACGAAGACGCGACGAGACUAAAAAAGUCUAGAAGGACCUCAGUCAGACAAAAGCCAGUAGAGAAACACAAGUCCGUAGGUUCAUUAGAAAGUCCGUCGAAGGAUAGGAGGUCUGGCAACAGCAAGAGCUUUCGUGAAGAAAAAAGGCAAUCGGAGAUAAAAUCCUCGAGUCCGUCACCUCACGAAACUGAAAAGGGAAAAAUGAAAGCCGCUAAAUCCUUUACAGAGACUAAGACGCAUCUUUGUUCUGACGCUGCCUCUAGCUGCCUCUCAUCACCGGCCGCAUUAGGUGAUGGUGCAGCUAAACUGUCAAAAGAAAGUACUUCCCCAUUACAGAGAACAACGAAACAAGCCAGGCCAUCCCUGUCUGCCUUGGUACGAUCCUUCACGAUAUCCAGCGACUCUAGAAGUCUUCCCUCGGGUUCCACUGACGGAGACGAUAAUGUGUUCGAGGACUAUUUCUCCCCGGCCAACCACCACCCGAAAUCAAAAAGGCCGUUGCUUAAUCUACCCGUGGAGAGAGACAUUCAGAUUCCUUUUGAGCUGGACUCUGUCCCACAGAAGAGAAAACUAAGCAGAAGUGAAAGCAUUGGAUCUGAAACGAAGAAAAAUAAAAAGAAGAUACUAGAAACAAGUCAGGCCUCUGACGCAAGCAGUAAGCCAAGAUGUCACCCACAACAGGACGUUAAAGAACCUCUGCCCGCAUCGGAGAGUCCAAGUAGCGAUGUUACACUCGUGGCUAAAAGGCGAAGACAGAGCACCUUGCCCUUCAUGAGCUCCAGCACGACCUCAUGCGAUACCGUGACACAGAGACGAGCGUCUACAUCGGUACGGCCAACAGCGUCAACAGAGGCCGACACUGUAUCGGAGGAAAACUCUGUGAAUGUCACUUCUCAUACCUUGGAAAAUGCUGGAGGAGGAAAUGAACGUACAGUUGCAGCUGCUUUAACAGAGCUCCCAUCUGAAGGCGAAGAAGAAAAUGACAAUAAGCAAGUCAGCUUGAGUCUUCAGAACAUGGUUAACCAAACAAAGGCGAUGAGAACAUUGGUCAUGACAAGCAUGCCCACUGAGAAGCAGCACACGUUGGCUCAGGUGGUGACGACACUCGGUGGUUUUUCAAUCGUUGACCGUGUGUGUGAGAGCACGACUCACGUGGUGUCCGGGGGUCACCGGCGGACUCUCAAUAUUCUGCUGGGCAUUGCCCGUGGCUGCUGGAUCCUGUCAUUUGAAUGGAUCCUGUGGUGUUUGGAGCAAAGGCAGUGGAUUCCAGAGGAGCCGUAUGAGCUUUCAGACCACUUUCCUGCAGCACAGAUCUGUCGUCUUCAGAGGCACCUGUCUGCCGGGGAACACCAGCAGGACCUGUUCCAAGACCAGCCAGCCAUGUUUGUGUCCCAGCACUCCCAGCCACCCACUCAGAGUCUGGUGGAGCUGAUCCAGCUCUGUGGAGGAACGGUCUGCAAAUCUGUGCGACAGGCAGGGAUCUGCAUCGGGACGUACAGCGGCAGGAGACCAGAGGGGAGCAGGGUCCUGUCUGAGCAGUGGGUGCUGGAUAGUAUCAUGCAUUUGAAGCGGCUGUCAUAUGACAACUACCAUGUGGAGUGAAAGCUGUGAAGUUUAGUUUUAAUAAUUUUAUGUUGAACAGUGCCUGGUCACAGACCCUCAGUUUCUAACUUACAGUCUUCCUGUUGUGGACCUGUCAGCUGGUCACUUCUGAGGACUAUCAACAACAAGCCAAGUUACUGUAAAACAAGCAAAACUGCUUUAACAGUGCAUGUCGAUCCUUUAUUGUUUUAAUUGUUAGUAGUAACCACUACUGUAUAAUUGUGUGAAUAAACAAGACAUUAGAGUGAACUUUGAGAAUGUUUUCAUUUAUAACAAUGUGAUUUUAAAGAUACUUGCUGAGCCAGUUUAACAUGUACAUGAAGAUAACAUACUGUAUCCGUAUAUAGUUUUGUGGUGCCAUUAUUAAUAAAUACUUUGGUUUUUGA